AUGGGUGUCAAGACUUUCUUCGAUAUUGCCAUUGAUGGCGCCCCCGCUGGCCGCAUCACCUUCAACCUCUUCGAUGAUGUUGUCCCCAAGACCGCCGAGAACUUCCGCGCUCUCUGCACCGGCGAGAAGGGCUUCGGCUACAAGGGCUCUGCCUUCCACCGUGUCAUCCCCCAGUUCAUGCUCCAGGGUGGUGACUUCACCCGUGGCAACGGCACUGGUGGCAAGUCCAUCUACGGCGAGAAGUUCGCCGAUGAGAACUUCACCCUGAAGCACAACAAGCCCGGUCUGCUCUCCAUGGCCAACGCUGGCAAGAACACCAACGGCUCCCAGUUCUUCAUCACCACCGUCGUUACAUCGUGGCUCGAUGGCGCUCACGUCGUCUUCGGCGAGGUUGAGGACGGCAUGGACCUCGUCAAGAAGAUCGAGGGUCUUGGCACCUCGUCUGGCACUACCAAGAAGAAGAUCGUCAUUGAGAACUGCGGCCAGCUGUAA